AUGCAACGAUCCUUUUCCUUGUUGAGAACAGCCGGUGCUUCCAACGCGCUUGUCGUGAAGCCGUUCUUUUGUAUCAUCCCAACCAUCGAUCGCCCUAAAUGCCUCAGUCUCGCCGCAGAAAGCGGCGGUGCAUACGUAGGAGUGAAGGGAGCGAACGUUUGGCGGGCGGGGAAGCGAAUCACAGCGGUACGUAGCACCGUGAACAACGGCGUCGAAAGCAGCACUUCCAGUAGCAGCAAUGCAGGAAAUCCCGAACCGCUGUCGCAACUUCCCGAUUGGUCGGGAAUUACCUAUACGCGGCUGCAGCUACGUCCAGAGCCACAGUUACCGCCACGUGUUGAGCACCUAUUGGUGGAACGAGAAGGCCGCGUUGUGGAUGUGGUAGCUGAAUCACUCGACCUUCCAACAGAAUACGUCACAGAUUUGAUACGAUUCGGUGGGAUCUACCACGCCCAGGUGCCACCUCCCCCGCCUCCGAACCUCCCUCCAGAGGCCCUUCAAGCCUACCUCGAAUUUAUCGCCCAGCACACCACUGACCCCUCCUCCUCGCCCUCCUCUCCCACCUCCGCUUCCUCCUCCUCUUCCUCCUCCCCCUCCUCCUCCUCGCAUAAACCAAAGGUCACAUUGGCAGAGUUGCAGAAGGUUAGAAGGGUGGAGGUGGGGGGAGUGCGGGGAAGAUGCGUUGGGCAGAAGGAGAAGAGGCAAAGGCAGAGGUCCCGAGACAAGGUGGGGAAGAAGGGCUCGGGUAGUGGGAGAGAUUUGAGGGGCAAGAGGGACGGGAGGGAUGGUAGAGGCGAGGAGAAUCAUCAGCAGCAGAAGCAAAAGCAGAAGCAGCAUCAGGAGGGGGGGGAGGAGGAGGAGGAGUAUGGAGUGGGCGGCACAGUGGGCAACCUGGUGGAGUGUUGCACCUCCUUCGGAGGGCAAGUUGUGGGGCUCAAUCACCCAUUGCAGCUCACUCAGCUCAACCCCCCCAUCAUGCGCCCCAUGAUACAUCGCCCUUCGGUUUGCAUGCUGCAGGUGGGCGGCACAGUGGACAACCUGGUGGAGUGUUGCGCCUUCUUUGGAGGCCAAGCAGUGGGGCUCAUUCGCCCACUGCAGCUCACGCACCAGCUCGACCUCUGCACGCAGGGCUGUGUAGUAAUGGCCAAGAACCGCCAGUUCGCCAGUCGUUUCAACCAGCUGCUUCAGAAUCGCAAGGUUCGCAAGCUCUACAAAGCCCUGACCGCAUCUGCUCCUGCUCCGGGCAGGCACAUACAUUUCAUGCUGCCCGACCCGUACUCCCCGAAGAUUUUAACCCGAGAAGCCAUGCCAGGCUGGCAGCGCUGCGAGCUCGUGAUUCGCCGAGUGGAGGAGGUGCCGUGGCCUGCUGAUUCCGUGCUGGCUGCUGCUGACGUGGACUGUUCCUAUUGGCCAGCUGCUGACGUGGCAUACGAGUGCCUGGUAGAGCUCAUUACAGGGAGAACACACCAGCUUCGAGCGCAGUUUGCAGCGCUGGGCGCGCCUCUCAUCGGAGACACCAUGUAUGGCCCCUCCCAAGCCCAGCAGGCCGCACCUAUGGUUCUAAAAGCAACCAUACCCAGCAACCGUGGUUCGGAUGGUGUGAAGGGGAAUGGAGUGGAGAGUUUGGGCCAAGAGAGGAGAAAGGAGUUUGUGGAUGCGGAGGUGCUUUCCCAGGCGAAGCACCUUUUUGGGGAGGCACCGGAAGCGGCUAUUGGCUUGCAGGCGUUUUCUGAGCCAUCUUUUGAGUCUGACUCAAAAGCAGUCCUCUCUUGUUUCAGAGCUGGAGCCAUUGUCAUCUGGGCAAUGCCGCGCGUUCGUUCGUAA